AUGGACCUUCAGCGAUCCAUCUUAAAUAAGACCAACGCCAUAUCCAAAUACUUACCUUCUCCUGUUCACCACAAUCAUUUCGCAUCACUGACAACAUCGAGGUUGUCACGUACAUUCACUCCUUCAUCUACUUUAUCUCCAUCUACUUCUUCUGCCCCUCUGAUGUCGUCACAUUUCACAACUGAACAUUCCAAACUCCGUGAAGAAGAAGAAGGGUUGAGGAUUGCCGUCGAAGAGAAGCCUGUUCCUGCACGCGAGUUUGGCUCCCGAGCCCCCGAUGAGUACAAUCAUAGUCACCAUAAACUUAUGGCGAUGGCUGACUUGGUUACUGACCCUGCGUACACUCAACAGUCUACUUGGACUUAUCAGUACAACGACUCCGCAGGACGUCCAUACUGGCAGCAUCCUCUUCUCAGCCCAGUCACUUCUACUUCGCCUCAAGAAUAUACUCGUCACAAUGGCUGUUUCCAAUCUGUAUCUGCUACAGACGCCACCGCUCAAGCCAACAAUAAUGGAAGCGUAUGCGACGAAGAUGGAACAGAUAUUGACAACAACAGCCCUGCCAACGAACACGAUGCAGCAUCAUAUGCCACACCACCCACAGUCGGCGGUAGCAUGAAGCACGUUGCUGCACAGAAUGGAACUACGGUUGCUUCAGAGGACAAGAAAGAAUCCGAAUCCCCCAAGGUCAUUCAUCUGUGUCAAUACACCGAUAUGGAGAACAAUGUCUGGGGCCCGUGCAAUGAGAACCCUAAUCCCGAAGACAUCAACGCUCGCAAAAUCGUGUCACACAUCUUUGGGCGAAACAAGAAACCCACUCAGAACAUCCCCGAUGAACUAUGGAUCUGGUACUGCCGCAAGCACUACCAGCGUAGCAAGUACACCUGUUCCAACCAGUGGCCUCAGAAACAGGUUGAUCUUGUGCGCCUGGCACUGGACAACUUCGAGAAAUGGGGUGAGAUUCUGUACUGGAAUGUCGUGCUACGCAAGCGUGAGCAGGAUCGUCAGGAGCGUACUCGUCGUAGUGCUAGUUCCAUGGACAGCCCAACUAGCGAGUACUUUUACUUUGCCACAUCGCCUCGUCGUCGUACAGCUACAACUCGCAACCCCUCCGGCAAAGUUCCUCGAACUCAAAAGGCGCGUGUGACUGCUGCUGCGGCGGCGGCGGCAGGUCAUCUUUCAGAAGCAAUAAGUUUUGAAUCGAUGACUUCACGGAACGCACACCCAGGCCUCACCCCUACUGGCCGUCGCAAGGCCUCUCCCAAGAACGUUCCCUGCCCUGUGCCAGACUUUGUCUAUCCUUAUCUUGGCGAGCGUCGUAGCUUUACCACGGUGCGCCACCUGAUUGACCACAUUGAGAACUAUAUCCAGGGCAAGGAUAAGACGGCUGAACAGUUAGCCCGUGAGGCAGAAGAUGAAGAAGUUCUUGGUCGAGCCCCUGAAGUGCGGCGGUUCCCUGAUAUUGAGAUCUUGCCAGUCUUCACGACCCGCUAUCAGCGUCUCAUGGAUAAGAAGGAUGAAGACGACAAGCGUGAGAAGAAGUCCAACAUUCGCGCGGGAGACGUUGGUCUUAGUCAGUCUUCCUCCAAGACAGCAAAGAUCUAUAAGAAUGCUGCAAAUAGCGAUGUCUAUCGGGAUGUUGGUCGUGACUAUCAUUACCAAGCUUCCCCUCCUUCGAAUCACCACCAGCAACAUCAGUCGCAGCAUCACUCUUAUUUUCAUCUUCCACAUCCACCUCAGCUUGCUCCUGCCAAUCCUGGGUUCCAUCUUCCACCUCCAGUGCCACACAAUACAACUCAUACAACUCUGCCGUAUCCGACACCCUAUCGUGAAUACACGUCCUACACUCCUUCGCAGCAGCACGAUAGCCGUCCUGCCAAUGCUCAACAUCACAGUCCUUUCCAACACCAACAAUACGAAGGCCGCACCGCUGGUCUUCCGCUUCCAUCUAUUUCCUCACAAUUCUCGCUUCCUGAUUUCUGA